UGGAUUGAUGCACCGUUAGUGUUGAGCACAGCACAACCAUCGCUAGCUGGCGAAAUUCCUGAGCUUGGUACUCAAAUUGCACUUAUCUCAAAACCACCACCACCAGUCGUCAAACGGAUGACCCGAAAAGCUAAAGCAGUAGCCUAUGCGAUGACUGCCAGUUCGUUAGAGGAUGAUGAUGAGUCAAAAAAAAAACAGGAAAUCGGUAACUCAUCUCAUAAUUGUGAAACGAUAUCACCUGGAUUACCUGGAUUGGCCACUGGGCACAAUGCGUUUCCAUUCGGUCCUUGA